GUGUGUAACGUAACCAUAGAGACGCGCGCGCCAUGAGAAGGCUGGAUCUAGAGCGCGCCUCUCUCUCGCUCGCGCGCUCGUCAGUGGUUCGCCGCGCGCUUCUGUGGAUGCAACACUGUCCAGACACGUCAAACAAACCCAAACAAUGACAUGAUCUGCAACAACACGACAGAGACACUCCAUUAUCUGACUCACUGAACCGAUCGCGCGCCUCCGUCUGCUCGCCGUUUGCCGCCUCAGUCCAGCUCUGUGCCCAGAGGCUAGUGAGGGACCAUGAUGCUCAGCAGCUCAGUGGAUGUACCCAGCCCAGGCGGGAUGAGCGCGGUGGCAGCCCGCAAUGUAAUUCGCAGUUCCAGCAUCAGCGGCGCCAUGUACAGCCUGGAGAAGAGCCCCGGCAGCACGGGGCCUGACGCCACAGGCCUGGCCGGAAACAAGAAGCGUCGCUCCAGCCUGGGAGCCAAGAUGGUGGCCAUCGUGGGUCUGUCACAGUGGAGCAAGAGCACACUGCAGCUCAACCAGCAAGACGGUGGAACAAAGAAGCUGCGCAGCACCAUCCGGCGGAGCACAGAGACAGGCAUCGCGGUGGAGAUGAGGAACCGGGUCACACGGCAGGGCAGUAAGGACUCAACAGAUGGCAGCACCAACAGCAACAGCUCUGAUGGGACCUUCAUCUUCCCCCCCACUCGCCUCGGCCCUGAGAGCCAGUUCAGUGACUUCCUGGACGGUCUCGGUCCCGCUCAGAUAGUGGGGCGGCAGACAUUAGCCACACCGCCGAUGGGUGAUGUUUACAUCGGUGUGGUGGAUAGAGGGGGUCAGUUAGAGGUCGAGAUCACACAGGCCCGAGGUCUGACCCCUAAACCAGGCUCAAAGAACAUUCCAGCAACAUAUGUAAAGGUUUAUGUCCUGGAGAAUGGAAUGUGUCUCGCUAAGAAGAAAACCAAAGUGGUGAAGAAAACCCUGGAUCCAACCUUCCAGCAGUCCCUGAUGUUUGACGAGAGCCCGCAGGGGAAAGUGCUGCAGGUGAUUGUGUGGGGCGAUUACGGCCGCAUGGACAGCAAGUGUUUCAUGGGAAUGGCUCAGAUCCUCCUGGAUGAUCUAGACCUGACAUCGAUGGUGGGCGGCUGGUACAAGCUCUUCCCCACCUCCUCUCUGGCAGACCCCAGCAUCGGCCCCCUGACACGCCGACUCUCCCAGUCCUCGCUCGAGAGCGCCACCAGCCCCUCGUGCACCUAGAAACAUCCACAUCCCCUUCUAAAUAUGCCUGUCUUCUCUAUCUCUACGUGUGUAUCUUCAUUCAAUAUACCCCGUCACUGACCCCAAACACAUGAACACACACCCUGAUAGAUAGAGCCAACUCGCCCCGGGGCUGGAACGCUCCUCUUUACCGAUACAGAUAUUAAGAGUUGGAUACAAAUCAGGCAUGACACAUAACACACACACACACAAACAGAUCCUCGCAGAUGGAUAUGGGUGUAACCAGCAACGUGCCGUCAUAGGGUUGUGAAAAAUCAGUCACGGCUAGUUACAUACAGAUCCACUGUCUGCAGGUCAACCGAUAGGGGCAUUUAAUAAACCCGCCGAGAAAUAUUCCUGACAAUGUAGCAUUCGUGUUGACGUCACGUCACACAGGAAGCAGAGUGGGUUUUCCAAGACUAGUAGUUUCCAGACAUUUCUCUAUGCCAAACCCGAUCAAAAGUUGUAUUUUUUAAAAACCAAAGCAAUUCUUAUUAUCUGUAGUGUUAUAUUAUAGAGUAUGGAUAUGUAGCAGAGUCAGUGACUUAGAUGAAAUGCAAAAAACAAACACGUGUUAGAAAAACUCGUAAGGUGCGGUCAUGUUAGCGAAAUUUUGCCGGCAAAGGAAUCCUGUUUUCAGUUGUCGACAGUGUAGUGUCUUAUUAAGUCACUGUCAUACCAAGAAACUUUUGACAUGGCAAUUUUGUGACCAACACAAAGAUGAACGAAACAUGCAUUGUGACUUUUUCGCCCUUGCGCGAAAUGUAUUGCUUUAGAAAUGACUGUAAUUCGCCUGUAAAAUUUCGGUAAAUGUGAUCGUACCUCUAGACUACAUUCAUAUUUAAACUUAUAAAGGGCAGGGCUUUACUCCACAUGUUAGGUUAUUUAUUAGAAAUGCACACAAUUCCUGUCGCAUUAAAGUAGCGUAUUCUUUGUUUUCCUUUUAGGAGAGCUGAAUAAAUAAAUAGAUAGAUCGAUGUUUAUGUAUUUAUCGACUGCAUUCUGCACGUUAACUCGCAACCCUUGUUGAGCAAAAUAUGUAAAGUACUAUUUUAAGCUUGCCUUUAAAAUUACGUAGACUUAUAGAUGGUAGGUUAUUUAUUUUGCUAAUGUUUCAAUCGCACUUUUUGUCUGAACCGAGUUGCAGACGUAAUCGAGGGAAUUGAGCCCUCUGGAGGAGAACCAACUGUCCUGUUAAACCAGCAACCCUCACACACAGCUGCAUUGUGGGAUAUGCCGAACGGUGUCCGCUGGAAAACAAGAAAACUUUUCUUGUAGCAAGUAGCGAAGCUUUCUGGGAAGUUGAAGCCGCAUUAGACUUUACCGCCUCAAGUAGUUUUGGGUUUCUUUCUACCAGCAUUUGGAACUGUUAAAGGCCUUUUCCCGUUUCCUGUUACUCUCAGGAGGUCACGCUGAACUACAAAACACACACACGCAACAAGAUGAGGACUGGUGAUGGGGUCGCUCUCUCAACAGGAUCUUGAAGCCCAAAUCAAAUGGUAUUCUAUAAAUUCCUGGACACUUUUUUUUUUUGGUCUUUCUAACCAUUGUGACUAUUCCUGUCCAAUCAGCAGUCUUCUUUAGCUUCGUCUCUGAAGCUGAGUGGCUCUAGACGGUUUCUUCAGUGGAUCUUCGGGGUUAUGGAGACUUGUGGAAGGAAAGCAACACUGUAGGUAAAAAACGAAGUAUUCAUCUCACUCUUGUCAGCCUCCUAGAUUAGAUUUCAUAGCUUCUCUGAACCUAUCAGAGCCGGAGAAGGUUUCAUUCAUAUCAUAUAAUCUAUGUACCAGUUUAUUCAUGUCAAAUCAGUCACAUCUUCUGCAGAGGUGAUGCCAUUUGUGACACUAUCAGUAAGAGCCAGAACAUUAUUCAUUUCGAAAUUCCCUUAUGGAUCAUUUGCCAAAUCAUUAAAGACGUUUGUAUAAUUUAGUCUCUAAAUUAAACUCUCUUGAUGGAAGCGCACAAACACUAUUUGAUUCUCUGUUUUGCAUCACAAUGUUGUAGAUAGAUCUGCUUUUAAAGGCGGAUUAUGAGACCAUCAGCAAACCAUUUAAUCUGAUUUAUCAUUUUGAAUGCAUCAGUGUUUGAAGUAUUUUUGUACUGUUUUGUACAUGUUUUUUUUUUCUAUCUGCCAAUGUCACAGCUACACUGGUCAAGAUGUACAGCACAAUAUGACACCAUUUAUCUGGAUGUUCAUAAGAAAGUGUGCCUCACAUUCCAUACUUUCAAAAUCUCUUGUUUUUAUUAUCCUAGGCCAUAUCAUAAGUGCACUUUACAGUACAUGAACACAUUUCAAAGCAUUGGGUAAGAUGUAGAUACUAUAAAAUGAAUGGUGGGUUCAUAUAGAGAUUUCUCUUUAAAUCCUGAGAAACAUUUAGUCAUUACUUAUCCCUUUAUUUAUCUUUUCUCUGUUCAUAAGACAAAGAAUCUUUAAGGACAAUUUCAAGUUUUAUUUUUACGUGAUUACAAAAUCAGCUGAAUCAGAAGACACGUUGUGCACACUUAAUAUAUUUGCAUUUUAAUUGUUUCUGUAAGGUCAAACGUAUAAGUUGGACUAAAUAAUGGGACUUUACACUUUCUUAAUUUCACACGAAAUUGGCAAAAUCUGUAUUUUACCCAUGCCAGAUUUAACAUAUUUUAAACAUUUUACUUUUCAGCCCAUCGGUUGUUCAAGCUCGGAGGUUUUGCCUUUAAACAUGCAAAAAGAGUUUCUGCUAUCUUUCACACACGUCUUGCUUCUUUUGUAUUUGCACAAGUCUGAUUGUGUUGCACCUUUGUCUUUUUCACUAACAGACAAAUGUCUGAACAUUAAAUUAGGAACAAAAAAUGACUCCUUAAUUCUAAUUCAAGAUGAAAUUGUAUUACUGUACUGAAAACAAAUUGUAUUUGCAACUGAAUGUUUGUCCUUGGUAAACACACAUGAAAUGACUAUUAGAUAUUGGUAUAUUUUCUAUGUGACUUGGGAAUUUGGGAUAAUAUACGUAUCCCCUUUACUGUACAGUGAAGUAGUUAUAAAAUCUUACUGGUCUUGCAUUUUUGCAAAGAGUCUGAAUGCAUGAAAAUUUGUACUGUAUUGCUCUAUUUUUUUUAGGUGUAGUGGAUGGAUGUAGAUUGUUGCAGUCCAUAGCUAAACCAAAUGCAACAUUGACAAAAAAUAAAUAAAAAAUAAAUCUAGAUUUGCCGCUUCCAGAUUUCUGUGGUUCGGGUGCGUUCUGAUAUUUCAACAUGGAAUGAGAAUGAUCAGAUCUGUUUUGCUCUGACAGUAAUCAGAUAAAGAUAACAAAUGCUUCUGUGAUGUGCUGAUAAUCUGUAAAUACAAACCUUUGAGUAUGAUGUUGUAACUUUCAGAAAAAGUGGCUGGCAUCUGGCUUGUUUAAAUGCUUGAACUACUUCAUGCUUUUAUAUGAGAGACCCCUUCAUGCUUUUCAGUUCAUACAUGGUGAAGUCUGAAGAGUCGUUCUUGGCAGUUUUAUGGCAUGUGCAGUUUCGGUGUGAGUGUAAGUGACACCAGCCUGACUGGGGAAUGAUCUUAAUACACUGGAUACAGAUAUCAAUAUCAAUGUGAUGUUAUGAUGUAAGUGUGGGCCAACAAUCAUAGCGGAAACAGUUGGAUGUGGUGGUCAACCUGGUAUUCAUCCUUACUUUUUUAUUUGCAUUUAGAAAGGCACAGUAGAUUGUAAAACUGAGAAUGAGGUGUAAAUUUAAACAUUUUAUUUUAUGAGAUUUCGCUUUGUUGGGUAUUGUAUGAUGUAUAUAAAUUAUGUAAAUGUCGACAGAUUGGUUUAAUUUCAAAUAGGAAUGUAAUCCCUUUACAUCUUUCUGGGCCAGUUAAAGGAAUAGUUCACCAAAAAUUAACAUUUACUCCCCCUCCAGCCCUAAAAAGUUGUAGAUGACUUUUGUUUUUUGGAGAUAUUUAGCUCACCAAUGGAUCCUCUGCAUUGAAUGGGUGCAGUCAGAAUGAAAGUCCAAACAGCUGAUAAAAACAUCAAAAUAAUCCACACCACUCCAGUCCAUUUGCAUAUUUUUCUCCUGAUUCAGACAGGACAAAGAGGGCUCAUAUUUUAGUAAUGGUCUGAAGUUAAAAUGUAAAAUUUGUUUCCUACAAACAUGCAACUUUCAGCUUCACAAGAUGCUAAAUGAUGGAUUGGAGUGAUGUGGAUUAUUGUGAUGUUUUUAUCAGCUGUUCGAAAUCUGACAGCACCCAUUCACUGCAAGAGGAUCCACUGGUGAGCAAGUGAUGUAACGUUAAAUUAAUCCAAAACAGUACCCAUAAAGAAACAAACUCAUCUACAUCUUGCAUGGCCUAAGGCUGAGAAAAUUGUAAUUUUUGGGUGAACUAUUCUUUUAAACCCUUGUGAAGUCUUUUUAUGAACCCUUAAUACUGUUUUUGUUACAUUUGUGAACAAAUAUAAAGACUAAUAAGGAUAUAUUGAGCUUUUACCUUAUUUUUGUAAAGUGAAUUAUCUUACAAAGUGGUUUGUUGAAGGAAAGGCCGUGGCUUGUUUAUUGCCUUAUUUGAGAGUUUCUUAUAAGGCUUAGACAUGUUUUUCAGGAGUGUUUUGAUUUGAUAUUAUUAAUGAUACGGAAGUAUCUCUACCUUGAAUGUAUGUAUUAAAUAUUCCAUGUUAUUGUAUUAUAAAACACAUUUUUUGUAAAAUGGCCUGGAGCAAGUAAGCAUUGUGUUUUCUUUGCAACACGUGUCUUUAUUUUCUCAAAGAGCCAUGCAGUGUCUUAAAAUUAGGCUCUAUUUUUGGUGAUCACACAUUUCAAAGACAUGGAAUUAAUGAAAAUAAAAUGUUCUUUUAUUUUAUUCAAAUUAUAUGAUUACAACCUUGAAUUAAUUGUACUUUUGGGUCAGACUGUCUUUGGAAAAAGAUUUAUUUUACUAAUGGAAACGGUCAUUUGUGGUCUGUUUUCUUAUCCUUGUAGCAAAGCUGUUAGCAGCUCUUUUGUUGUCACCAUAAAUCAGCCAUUCAUAUUAUUCAUGCCACUGAAAACAGCACAAGACAUUGUUGAGAACUUUCACAAGAGAUGUAGCUACUUUGAAAAUGAUGUAACCCACUUCAGUUUUAAGUCUUGCACUUUGAGAGAGCGUGAUCAAAGAUUUGUCAGAGCAAAAGUAACCCCCAAAACAUUUAGAAAAUGAUUUGAGCUGACAGUGCGCUGCUUUGGAAUAACAGAAUGGAAAAGAGAGUUGUAUGGGGAAGCUGUAAUUUUAUACUUGUGCUUUGUAAAUGUUUUCUAUGUGCUGUAUUUGAUAAUGUAAAACUGGUAUUUUUGUGGUUUGUACGCUGCAGAACUGAUUAUUUAAGAUGCACGCAGUUUUAUAAGAAAAGGUUGGGAAACUUAUUAAACAAAUAUUUUGACUGAAGCCUGUAUCUGCAUGCAUAUUGACUGCUGGAAGCUGGAGGUCAAUAAAUAUGAUUUGAAUCAUCU